AUUUAUGAAAAUACGCUGGCAAACUCCUGAUCAAAGAGUUGUAACUACUAUUCUGAGUUUUUGCCCAAAAAAAAAUCCAGUGAUAUCUUUUUCAUCAGAUCAAUUUGUUUUAUAUUGACACUAGAUACUUAGUGGAAAUUAUUAACCCUUGUCUUGUGUUGUUAUUUUCAAUUGAACCAGCACUUACAGGUGCUGGAAAAAAGCUUCUACAUGUAUCAUAAACAGUUUCUUAGUGCAACAUGUCACAAACUUCAAGUAAUAAAGGAAAAGAGUUACCUGGCAAGAAAUACAAUACUAUCAACCUAAAUCAAACGUACAAAUCUAAAGUAGAAAAAACUGGUUCCGGUGUUCAAGGUGUUCGUCAUGGCAUGCAAAGUUUGGGAAAAAUCGGUCAAUCAAGAAGAGUAUUGCAACCUGCUAGCUUACCAUCAUUAAAAAAAGAAAAUUCUGGUAACGAUCCUCGUGUAAAUUUAGUACCAUCUACAGGGAGUCAAGGAUGGGUAAAGAAGGAUGGUCAAAAUGUUUUAGAUGGGGCGCCAUUAGGAGUAUUGGAUUCUACAAAAACAACUGUAGCGAAGAAUACAACAAACAAUCAAGAAAUUUCUCUUCGUCCGCAUGCAGGUGUGGUGCCUGGGACACGAAUUAUACCUGGUGGAAUGGCAGAAGACACUCAAAAACCUUCAUGGGUGAGCAAAGUUCAACCUCAACCUCAAGGUGCAACCAAAUAUUUUCAACGAGAAUUUCCAACUCUUGGGGGAGACUCAGAAAAGGACAUCGCAGUAGGAAGUCACGCAGAGAAUUUAGAACAAGGUGCAAAUCAUCUGGUCAUGGCCCACCAAGCAUUUAUUAGUAAUGGUCAAAAAUGGAUGGAAGGAGCUAAUAGUGCAAUGAUGGUCCCAGCAAAUUUCCCACAAUUCAAGGGUGACCCAUCACAAAUGUUUGCUAGUCAACGGCAAUGCUAUCCAUUUGCAAUGCCUAUGUAUCCUGGAGAUAUGCAUAACUAUCCUUUACAUCCAAUGUAUAUGUCAUAUGGUCCUGGUGGGAAAAUUCCAAUGAGCUUAUAUCGGAUGCCAAAAACUGUUUCGGGUGUCAAUCCGCAAACUGAUCAAAGUUUUGUAAAUAAGGAUUCAGAUGAUAAUGGCUGGGCUGGGGCACAAGAAGAAGUUGACUACAAUGCGAAACUUAAGUUUGAUGAAUCUGACGAUUCUGAUGAGGAUGUGUCUAAAAAGAAAAAAGAAAAUAUUCAAAAGUCGGAUAUUGAUGAUAGCAAGAAAGAAAAAUCAGUUAAAUCUCCGCCUGAGGCUUGGUCAGAAAAUCAAAAUUUUCCAGCUCAUGUACAUAUGCAACCAUAUAACCAUCAACAUUGGUCUAGAAUGCCUUAUAGCUUUGAUCCACGUACACCAAUGCCAUACUUUUUUAUUCCUCAAUACCCUUACCCAGUAGUAAUGCCAACUCCAUCUGAACAAUCUGAUAGAAAUACUGAAAAUAUUUCAAAAGAAGCUGAACCUUUAACAGAAACUCCAACAGCCAAGCCUGAUGAUCUAAAGGAGGCUGAUAGAAAGGCUAAGUUACGUAAAAUAGAAGAAGAUAUUAAGAAGCGAGAAGCAGAAAAAAAAAAUACAGAGGUUGAUGGUAAGAAAGUUUUUUCUAAUGAAGCAGACGAUGUUGUUAAUGUAGGAAUGCACAAAAGAAGUGAUAGUGAGACAAGUGAUUCAUCAAGGCCCAUACGUGAUAUACCACCACGUUUCCAACGACAAAUUUCUGCCCAAAAGACUAUUUCUACUUUAAAUUCUGAUGGUAAUACAAAUGAUACAAACGAUUCUCAUUUUCGUAUAAUGAAAAGAAAAGAAAGUUAUAAAUCAGAUGACGAAUCUUGUAAAGAAAAUAUAGUCAAGAAAAUUGAUUCUUUUGAAUUAAUUGAUUCUGACAAAAUAUCACAAGAUGAAAAACAAACUGUCAGUUCAUUAAAUCAAGAAGUUUUAAAAUCAGAUCAAAAAACUUUACCUGAAGUUAUAGAUAAAUCUCAGAAAGCUGCCGUUUCUUCAACAGUAUAUAAUAAUGAUGUGGUUCAAAAAAAUUCUGAUAAAGAGAAAAGAGGUUUAAAAGAAUUAACUGAUUUUAAAGCUGAAAUUAAAAACCAGGAUCAAAUUAAAACAGAAAGUGCUCUAGAUAAAAACAUUGAUGUUAGAUUUGACUCUGAAAGAUUCGCUGAUUUAAAGUUAACAAAAGGUCAUGUUAAAAAAAAGCUUAUGAAAGAAAAAGGCGAUGUUUUACCUACUACAGAAUUAUUAGAAAGAGAACCAACUAGAGCUCCUGCUUGGAAUAAAGUUGUAUCUCAAGAGGCAAAUCAGUCUAGUGGUGUUAAAAAGACGUUAAUUGAAAUACAAAAAGAAGAAGAAGAACUUAGUAAAAAAGCUAUUGAAAGUAAAUUACUUGAUAAAUGUGAAAGUACUAUAGAAAACAUUAAAGCACAAGAACGAUCUUCUCCUACAGAAAAUAAAUUUCGGAGUGACACUUAUCAAAAUAAACCUUUUUCAAAAUCUGACAAGUAUCAAAAUGAUCGUAGAAGUAAAUUUGACGAUGAUUCUAAAAGAAGAUACAAUAGAUAUGAUAGAGAUCACAAAAAAACCGAGUUUAGUAGCCAAAACGAAAGUUAUCUGGAUCAUCCGAGGGAGAAUUAUAGAAACAGAAGUGAAAAUGCUCAUAAAGGUAAUUUAACCGAAGAGAAAGAAAGUUCACUGAAGGAAUAUGAAUCUAGACAUGAAGGAAAGCGAGAUUAUUCAAGAUAUAAUGGACGUGAUUAUGUUAAGAAAGAUUAUGAUGUUGCAAAGAGAGACAGAGGAGAAUAUGAUAGGUAUAAAAGAGAUAGAGUUGGAGAUCAAGAUAGAUAUAAAAAAGACAAAGUUGAAGGAGAUCAAGAUAAAUCUAAGAAAGACAGAGGUGAUGGAGAACAGGAUAGGUAUAAGAAAGAUAAGGUUGAAGGAGAUCAAGAUAAAUCUAAGAAAGACAGAGGCGAUGGAGAACAGGAUAGGUAUAAGAAAGACAAAGUUGAAGGAGAACAAGAUAAAUUCAAGAAAGACAAAGUUGAAGGAGAACAAGAUAGAUUCAAGAAAGACAAAGUUGAAGGAGAUCAAGAUAAAUUUAAGAAAGAUAGAGGAGAACAAGAUAGAUAUAAGAAAGACAAAGGCGAUGGAGAACAAGAUAGAUAUAAGAAAGACAAAGUUGAAGGAGGUCAAGAGAGGCAUAAGAAAGACAGAGGUGAUGGUGUGCAGGAUAGAUACAAAAAGGACAGAGGGGAUGGAGAGUAUGAUAGAUAUAAGGUCAGGGAAGAUAAUGAAUAUAGUAGAUACAAAAAAGACCGAACAGAUAAAGAACAUGAUAGAUAUAAAAAAGAUAGAGGAGAUAUAGAAAGCACCAGGUAUAAAAAAGACAAGGGAGAUGUUGAAUAUUUUAGAGUUAGAAAGGACAGAGAAGUUGAGUAUGAAAAUAGGUAUAGGAAAGACAAGGGAGAAUAUGAUAGGUAUAAAAAAGACAAAGUUGGAGGAGAACUUGAAAGACCUAAACUUGAUAAGGGUGAUCCUGAGUAUAACACUAAAUAUAAGAAAGAUAGAGGGGAGUAUGAUAAAUUUAAGAAAGAUAGAGUGGAUAGCAAACGUGAUGAAAAAAUUGAUAAAUAUUCGGAAAAAUUACAGGCUAAAUUGGCUUCAACUGAAUUGCAAUCUGAUUCAGUAGAAACAAACCAAGAAACUUUAUCUGAAAAACCUGUUAAUAAAACAAAUGAACUAGAUAAUGCCAAGUUGGUUGCAAAAAAAGAUGUUGAAAAUGAGACUUCAAGGCGAGCUCGUGAUUAUAGCAAUAGAAACUAUGAUAGAAGAAAAGAAUAUAACUCAGAUUAUCACAAGCAAGAAAAACCAGGAAGUAGGAGAAAUGAAAGAAAGGACUUUGACAAGGAUUUAAGCAAGAAGUAUUCAGGCAAAUCAUCUCUUGAAGAUGAAAAUAAAAUAUCCAAUAAAGAUUCUGCUAUUGUUUUCAAAGAUGUAAAAUCAGAAAAUAUUGAAGAUGUAGAGAAAUAUUUGACUAAAAAAGAGGAUAUAAAAAUUGCAUUAGGACCAAAGGAUAGUGAUGUAGUAAAUAAAGACGCAAGUGGUAAAGAAGUUAAUGGCAACAUUUUAUUACCUCAAAAGUCAUCAAAAUACAAUAAAUCAAAAACAGAUUCUUCACAUAACUAUUUAGAUAGUAAAGAAGUACAUGAAGCAGGACAUUGGCGAAGUAGGCAGAGUUAUACUCAAGAUAGCUUUACUCACUCAAAAAAAAGUAUUAGUGAUAAAGUUAAAUUAUCUCAAGAAGAUGAAGAGUUAAUUACUGGUGAAGAAGAAUCUAGUUUAAAGAUCAAAAAAGCAAUUAAAAAAUCUCAUCAAAAGUCUUGGGAGCAGGAUCGUCCACCAAGAUUUCAGCAAAAAUAUGAAAAUGAAGAUAGAGAUGUUUCACGAUGGAGAGGAGCAAGGGGGAGCCAUAGAGGAAGAACUAAUCGUGGAAGAGGAAGAGUAGCUGCUAACAGUUGGUCUUCCAAUACAGAAGUAAAACUGAAUCAAGAAAAGGUUAGUAAAGAUAUUUCUCAAGAUAUUCAAGAGGUAUCUAUCAAUGAUUCAGUAGAAGUAGCUAAUAAUGAAGCAGUUGUUGAGCAAAGGCGUCCUCAAUCUAACCGUGAUAGAGGGUAUGGACGUGAUAGAGGACGUGGGCGUGGCUCUUACAAAGGCAACGGAAGCAAUAGUACAAGUGGACCAAGGUCAGAUAAAUCAGAUUCUUUUUUAGUCAAUAGGCAGCAGUUGGGGAAUAACCUCACUUCUAGCAAUACAGCUAAUCCUCAGACUGCUGCCGAUAAAAUGGAUUCACGACAGCUGGGUGAAAAUCUUUUAACAAAAAAAAAUGUUUCAAAUUUAGAAGACAUAUCGGCAAACUCACCAUCAAAAAAGAAUAAACCAGUUGAAAAAAAGAGAGACAUAAGAAAGGAAUUUGAUUUAAGCAACAUUGCUAGUGUUGUCUGUAUUGAUGAUAUGAAAUGUUUUGAUUCAAUCAGUCAAAAAUCUACAGAUGAUGAUGGCUUUGUAAAAGUUAUUUCAAAGAAACACCAGAAGAAGUUGCGUGACAAAUGUCGUGAAGAAGAAAAACAAAAGUUUUUACUUGAACAAAAGAAAGAAGCAAGCAAAGCCCAAAAGUUGGCAAGGAAAGAAAAAGUUACUACCAAGAAAACUUCAACUCAAAUUUCAGAAACUACUACAUUGAUCAGAGAACAGAUUCCUAUAUCUACACAUGUUCCAAGUUUACCUACGACUACAGUUACUCAAGUAAGUCAGCCAGCUACAAGUAAUCUUCAAGAUAUGAUGGGGGUUUGGGAACCUGCGCAAUCUUUAAUGAGAACAUCUCAAAGUAAUUCUUUAUCUGAACAGAUUUCUUCAUCUGUUUCAGUGAGUUCUAAUGCUUGGCAAAGACCUUUAACUUUAACAUCCAGUUUAUUGCCUGAUCCAAGAGCAGUGGGUACCGGAAAACCAAGUAGUGCACCUGGAGUUAUUAAGGUUACUGUAAUGCAUUCACAAGCCACCCCAGAAGCUGCAUCUCCAAUUAUCACGCCACCACAAUUAGCUCCUAUAUUAUCAGGAAACAGUGUCUCAGUUAUUUCUGAUUUAAGCAAUAGUAAUGCUAACAUUAAAAGGGAGUUUUCAAAAAAUAAAUCAUUUGAAGGCAAGCAACAAUCAAGUCAAAAUACACAUGAGACUCAGGUUAUAAGCGAUGUCAAAAAAUUAAAGUUAAAUCAAAAGAAAGAACCUAAAAGUUUGAGUAAAAAGUAUUUGGCAGAGCGUCCACCAAGAUUUCAAGCAAAUGCAAAAAGGGUAAAUGAUGAGCGUACAAGAAAGUUUUCAGAACCAAGGAAAGAAAAGUAUUCUGGAAAAAGAGAUGAUAAAUCUCGUUUAUCUGAUAGAUCUCAGAAGGGUGAAAGAUUUUCUCGUGAAAUUAAACCUCAAAAAAGUAUUGAACAGCCUGUUGCUAUUAAUAAUGAUGAAGUGUUUUUAAAUGAAAAUAUAUCUGUGGAAAUGCAAACAAAAUCUCUACUUUCUGAAGAAGAAAAAGUUGUUGGCUCAAAAAAGCCAUCAAUUAAGACUCAAUCCUCUGUUGGCAGUUAUAAAUCUGAUGUCUUUGAUGAACCUGCAAAAGAUGUUUCGUUGCAGUUUCAGGCUUCCCAAGACAACAUAGUUAAGUCUUUGUGUAAAGAACCAGAAAAAAACAUAAACAAGACUCCCCAAUCAGUUGUUAAACCAAUUACUAGUGACGAGGAGCAAUCGUUAGAAACACGUUCUUUGCCUGGAAGUCCAUCUCUUGCAGUAAAAAUUCCUGAACCAACUUUAUGUGGACCAUCAAGUGAUCCUGGAAAAGUUUCUGACCCCAAUAUUAAAAAGUUUGCGUCAAGUAUCGCACAAGAGAUGAAUGAAAUGAACAGAAAAAUUUUUGAUGCAAAAAAAGCAUGGGAUGAGACUCCAACAGCACGGUCGGAUUCCGCAUCUAAAGUUAAAACUGUCAGUGUUGUUAGUUCUAGCUCGGUUGCAGAAAGUGUACCUGCUCUUACUGAAGGUCUUCCCACAACAAAAUUUGAACAGCUUUCAACUGUUUCAAUUACUGAGGUUAAGUCUACUGAAGAGAAAAUAGCACAGAAUUUUCCAACUAAGCGAACAGACCAACAAAAUAUAUGUAAAGUAAAACCUCAACAGCAAAUACCUUCUGAAGAUAAUCGAUCUUACAUAUCUGCUAAUAUUCCGCAAGUUUCAAAUCUAUCCAGUCAACCUAAUAGAGGUCGUUACGUUUUCAAUGUGGAAAGACCAGUGCAGACAAAUAUUUAUGAAUCUAUUUACGGUGAUCAGCUUAGAGCACAAGGUAAUCAAUUAGCAUAUUCAAGACCUGGGCAGGUUCAUUCUAUUGAUCAAGUUGUACCUCCAAUGUCACAACGCCCUGAAAUGGUCCUUUCAUCUUUGCCUGUUGCCAACCCAAACACUCAUUUUUAUGGUAUGGAUGCUUCAAUACAAAACAGCCAAAAUGCCUUGCUGACUUGGCAGAUGGUAUCUACAACAAAUGUUCAGCCCACAAAACCUCUACACUAUCCGACACAGCACCACCAGGGUUCUCUGUUUACGUCCCCUGUAAUUUCUACAUCUCCGCUAGUAAUGUCUUACAGAAGUGGGUAUUCGCCUCAAAGGAGCACAGCUAGUAUUCAGCACCAAGCACUAAUGCAACACAAUCAGACAGCCGUAAUGUCUCCGCAGGAAGUUGGACUUAAUAUUACAGAUCCUUACGUUGGACGUCUUGUUGGGGUUCUUCAACCUCAACCUUCGCAAUCUCAAACUCGGCGUGAUCAAUUUCAAGGUGUGUUACCCUCGCAACCUCACAUAAACACAAAUGCAAUGACGUUGUUGUUAGAUCCUUCGAAUCCUCAAAAUCACUUAAGUCAGCAGCAGCGGUCUGAUCUUAUGAAACAUGUUCACGCAAAGCCAUUUGAACCUACUUCCCAAACACCUCCUUUAAUGCAGAGUUCUUCUCUUCUUAAUCGUCAUCAUUCUGCAACGCCAAUGCAGCAGCAAGUUAUUUCUUCUGUGUUUAGCCAACCAACUGCUCAUCAACAAACACAGCAAAAGUAUUCACAGCCUAUAAUUCAACGGCAACCUAAUCACCAUCAAGUUAAUCCACUAGUAGCACCUGUUCGUCCUAGAGCUAUUCACGGGCAAUCAUCUGGCACCAGUCCUCCUUUAAGAACUUUAUCGAACCACCAAGAGCAAGUUAUGAAUAAUCAUCAAAACUUUGUGUAUCAGAAUACACUUGGUCUCGGUCAUCCUAGAGGAAGUGUUAUGCAAUCUGUUCAUGUCACACAUCCGAUGAGCAAUCAGUAUUUAGGAAAUUAUCUUCAGCAGCAAUACCAGCCUAACAUUCAGUCUCGGCCUAACUUCAAUUUACCUCAAAACAAGCCGCUUGGUCCUAUUCAAAGACCGUUACAAAUAUCUCCUUCCAAUUUUUCUUCCGCUAAACAAUGCUCCAGUAAUGAAGAGUUUAAGAAAAUUCAACGUCAGAAAAUGUUGGAAGAUACGAAAAAAUAUUUUCAAAACGACGGCAAUACUCCGUCUCAAAACACUAGUGUUGUAUUAGCAAGUGAAGAACCCUCGUCAACAUCACAAACUACUCUGUCCGAACACGAUAAACUCACUACUGAUAAACCCAAGGACAAAAGAUUUGAUGUAAAGAAAACUGGAAGAAGCGGUGAACAUACUCGUGGCAAUAGAAAUCAGCGACCAAAAAGCAAUCUUUCUACUAAUACUUUACCUCUUGGAAAGCCAUACGAUUUGGCAAGUAAACGAAGUACUUCGAAAGUUUGAUAACUCGUUAUAUAUAUAUAUAUUUUUUUUUUCCGGAAGUAUAUGUGAUUUAUUUAUGUAAUUAAUUAGUCUAAUAGUUGAUUAAUUAUUAUUAUU